GGCGGAAGUAAGGCCUGCGAUGGGCCUCCUCUGGCAGGGCGGAAGUGGAAAGGUUGGAGAAGAUGAUGGCGGCGGCCGGUGCCUUCCUGGGGUUCUCUCUGGUGCUGCUGACUGGUGUGUGUCGGGGGAACUCUGUGGAGAGGAAGAUUUAUAUCCCACUGAACAGUACGGCUCCCUGUGUCCGACUUCUCAACGCCACUCAUCAGAUCGGCUGCCAGUCCUCCAGGAAUGGUGACACGGGAGUGAUCCACGUGGUGGAGAAGGAAGAAGAUCUGCCCUGGGUACUGGAGACGGGCCCCACGCCGCCCUACAUGGUGCUGCUGGAAGGCCACUUAUUUAACAAGGACACACUCCAGAAACUGAAGGGCAGCUCCCGUGUGUCUGGGAUAGCGGUCACCUACGCCAAGCCCCCUCCGGAAGGCUUCUCCUUGGAUGUGCCGUGCCCCAAUGAUGGCUUUGGUCUUUACACCAAUGAGCACGGCGCGCAGUACGCCCACUGCAACGGAACCGUAUGGAACCCGCCGGGGACCGGCUUCUCCUACGAGGACUUCAGCUUUCCCAUCUUCCUCCUCGAGAACGAAAAUGAGACGGAGGUCAUCAGACAGUGUUACAGGGAUCACAACGUCCCCGGGAACGACAGCGUGCCACACUACCCUCUCUGCGCCAUGCAGCUCUCCGCCCACAUGCACGCCGUUACCAGUUCUGUCACCUGCAUGAGGCGCAACUCCAUCCAGACGUCGUUCAGUAUAAAUCCUGAAGCCGUGUGUGACUCGCUUGCCGGUUACAAUGUCUGGAGUGCCGUAAAGCCCAUCAACACUUCCUCGGUAUUGCUCCCGGAGGAGCAGGUGGUGGUGUCCGCCGCCAGGCUGGAUGGACGUUCGUUCUUCUGGAACCUGGCGCCGGCGGCAGAGAGCACCGUCUCCGCACUGGUCACCCAGCUGGCUGCGGCUGAAGCUCUCCAUAAAGUCAACGACACGCAGUCCCUGCCCCGGAACAUCAUCUUCACCUUCUUCCAGGGGGAAGUGUUUGACUACAUUGGAAGCUCGCGGAUGGUGUACGACAUGCAGAAGGGGCGGUUCCCUGUGCGCCUCAACAACAUUCACUCCUUUGUUGAACUCAGUCAGGUGGCGCUAAGAAGCAACUCCGUCCUAUGGAUUCACAGUGAUCCCGUCUCUCGGACUAAUGAGACGGUGGACACCGAGGUUCAGAAUCUGAUUAACACCCUGAAGACGGCGAGUUCUGGGGUCAACGUGACUCUGCAGGAGGUCAACCAGUCCCAAGCCCUUCCGCCAGCAUCUUUCCAGCGUUUCCUGAAGGCUCGAAAUAUUCCGGGGGUGGUGCUGACCGACCACAGGACGGCCUUCAACAAUAAGUACUAUAACAGCAUGUUUGACUUGGCGGAGACAAUCAAGAUGGACUAUCCUAGCGGACUGUCCCAGGACGAAGCCAUAGAGUAUGUUACGGAAACAGCCCAGGCCCUAUCAGAAGUUGCCACCUUGCUGGCCAAAACCUUAUACCAACUGGCAGGAGGAAACGACACCGUAGACAUUAAGGCGGAUCCCCGCACGGUGACCCGGAUGCUGUAUGGGUUCCUAGUGAGGUCCAAUAACAGCUGGUUCCAGUCCAUUAUGGUGCCGGAAUGGAAAGACGCUUUGGAGGACAAGCAGCCUCAGUUUUACGUGACGGCCUCUUCGAUGGGCAGCAAGCCGACGCCCAACAAUCCGACCCGCCUCCUCCUGUCCGUCCUCGCCAAUCUCACCGGCCAGGCGGUGAACUUUACCAAGGAGCAGUGCCAGAACCCGGACAAGGCCGCCGACGCCAAAAAAGAGCUCUAUGACUAUAUCUGGGUCCAGGGCCCCCUUAAAGAAAACUCCACCUCCCGGGAGCCGUAUUGCGUGAGAAGCACCAAGCGCAGGCAGUUUGCGGAGUCGCCCGCCUUCGAAUUGAACGAAUGGGGCUCCACGGAAUAUUCCACCUGGACGGAAAGCCGGUGGAAGGAAAUACGAGCGCGCAUAUUCCUCGUCCCCAGUCAGCAGCUGGAGAUCAUUACGCUGAUCACGGGCAUUGCCAUCCUUGCCCUCUCCUUCGCUGCCACCUACUUCAUCCAAGCCAAGGCGGACAUCUUGUUCACAAGCACAGAAGACUCCGGAUCCGUGGCCUACUAGAGACUGCGCUGCCCCCCGGUGGACGGGAGGACUCGGCUCUGCCCCUGGCGCCGGUCGGGCAGCGAUGCCCGUGCUGCUUUUUUUUUUCUUUCUAUAGAGCCACACUGGACGGACUUUGUUAACUUUGGACUUUUUUUUUGCAAAUCAAGUGACGUAGAUGAGCGUUUUCCCCUCCCCCCGCGCGCUCUGCUGGAGGACCCGGGGCGGGGGAACGCGGUGGGAGUCGCAGGAUGAUGGGACCAAAUGUGGGCAAAUGACGAUAGGCCCAAUUUUUUUAUUUUUUAUUUUAAUUCGCUGAACUCCAAUACCAAACCCCUAAAUAACUCGUCCUAUAAUUGCAUUUUGUUUUUUUUUCUUCUGCCAAAAUUAAAGUGACACUCCCGCCAAAA